GCGAAGAAGAAGCAGAAGAAGGACGAAGAAGAAGAAGGAGCGUUAGUACUGAGCUGUCACAGUUGAAUAGACGGGAUAAAGGAACAGAUUCCGUUCAGAGUAUUUCCCGGGCAGCUAUGGAUGUAGCGCUGUAUGUGAUAGCUGCCGCUGUCCUCGUCGUUCUCAUACUGUUUGCCGUGAAGGUGCGGAGGCAGACACGGGCAGCCGACGAGGACCAGCGCAGGGAUGUUGUGCGUGCAGCGGGGCCCCCUCAGCGAGCAGCAGAGGAGCGAGGAGCCGGCAUGCCUCGCAGGAGAAGGAACCUGGCCAGUGUGAUGGCAAACAGACGACCUCAGAGAGAAGCUGUGGAACGCGAGGAGGAGCCUGUGGAGGAAGACGAGGCGGAGCAGCAGAGCUUCCAGCCGACUGCAAAGGUCGGAGCCAAGAAGCAGCGGAAGUUGGAGGAGAAACAAGCCAAGAAAGCCCAGAGGGAGGCUGAGAUGGAAGAAAGGGAGGAAAGGAGGAGGAUGCAGGAGCUCAGAGAACAGGAGAGGCAGCAGGCAGAGGAGAAGGAGCGGCUGCUGGAACAGAAACAGGAGGAGCAGGAGCGCCGAGCUAAAGAGGAGCAGGAAAAGCGCGAGGAGGAAGAGUACCUGAGACUCAAGGCUUCCUUUAUCGUAGAAGAGCAGGGAGAGGAGGAGCAGCUCUCUGAGGACCAGUCACGCAACCUGCUGCAAGAAUUCAUCCAGUACAUCGAGACCUCUAAGGUGGUUCUCCUGGAGGAUCUGGCUUCUCAUUUUGGGAUGAGGACACAAGAUGCCAUCAGCAGACUGCAGGACCUGCUGGCUGAAGGCUCCCUCACAGGUGUGAUUGAUGACAGAGGGAAGUUUAUCUCCAUCACUCCAGGAGAGCUGGACUCUGUGGCUCAGUUCAUCAGGCAGCGAGGCCGAGUGUCCAUCACAGAGCUGGCUCAGGCCAGCAACUCUCUGAUCAACCUGAUGCCUGAGAGUCGCAGUGCUGCCUGACACUCUGUGGACACAUCCUUGAGUGGCUGUUGACACACAGCUGGACUCUUCACUGCCAUCCUGUGUGGCUCAGUACUCUUAAUCACAGCAGACGUCAGGUUACAGUUGACCUCCCAGUAUGAGGAUUUCAGCCAAACUGGAAUAAACAAAUCCUGAGUUUUA